AUGGAAAACCCUGAACAGCUGGCGCAGUUGCGCGUCCUGCAACGCCAGUACUUCCAACUGGUCGAGCCACAACAGCUGAGAUGGCCGGACGAUGCAACCUUGAAGAGGCCCCUGGUGCAGGCAUGGCUGUUCGGCAACUUGUUCGAUCCAUCCAAGAUUUCCUCGCCACCACCGGCUCGCUACCAGCUUAGGGUUCUGAAGGAGCUUGUCGGGAAACUCGAGCGGUCCAUGACAGACCCUGAGGAGGAUGAAAUCUCAGAUGAUAUCAUGGAGGGAAUGACAACUUUACUUGUGGCCAGCUUACCUUCUGAAACGGAUGCCGCUCAGCAGAAAGCCUUUGUGACGUACUCGUUCCCCCAACAGUCGACUGACGACAGCGAUUCCGGUGAGCGUGCCGUGACGCUAUUGGAGGCCCGUUCCGUCAUUUCUUCGUCUGGAACGACGGGUCUGCGAACAUGGGAAGCCGCUUUACUGCUCGGAUCCUACCUUGCAUCCGAGUCUGGCCACGUGUUCAUCAAUCAGAAACGGGUGUUUGAACUUGGUGCGGGGACGGGUAUGCUAUCCAUACUGUGUGCGAAGCACCUGGAUGUGGCUGGUAUCGUGUCCACGGACGGCGAUGAGGCGGUGGUGGAUGCGAUCAAGACCAAUCUCUUUCUGAACGGACUCGAUGUCGAUGACGAUUCUAGCUGUCAAGUGCGUACAGCAGCACUCAAGUGGGGCUAUCCAGUCGACGCAACAACAUUUUCAGAAGACUACGGAAUGGAGGUUCCAGACGUGGUGAUAGGAGCAGACGUGACCUAUGACAAGUCCGUCAUCCCACGCUUGGUUUCGACGUUGAGAGAAUUCUUCGACCUGAACCCGGCGCUCCUAGUUUUUAUUUCUGCGACCAUCCGCAACGAGCAGACGUUCGAGACUUUCUUGAAAGCGUGUGAGCGGAACAGGUUCAGUUUCGAACGGAUUGAGUGGCGGCUGGUGCCUGAGCAUAUCCAGGAAGGCCCGUUUUAUCCAACAUCAACGCCGAUCCAGAUCUGGAGAAUUGCAAGCGGCCAGAGCACAAAUAACCUGUUUGCUGUAUGA